CUCCCGCGCCUCGGCCUGGGCAGGAAGAGCCUGGCGGCGGCAGCCGUGGGCGUCAUGCUGCUCUUGGUGCUGGUGGUACUCAUCCCGGUGCUGGUGAGCUCGGUGGGAACCGAUCCCGGCCACUACGAGAUGCUGGGCGCGUGUCACAUGGUGUGCGAUCCGUACAUGGGAAAGGUCGCCACGACCGGGACGACGGGCUCCGACGCGCCUCCUCCGCCCUCUACGCUCGUCCAGGGGCCGCAGGGGAAGCCGGGACGGCCGGGCAAAACCGGACCUCCGGGGCCGCCUGGAGAGCCAGGCCCCCCGGGUCCGAUGGGGCCCCCGGGGGAUCGAGGGGAAAGAGGGGACCGCGGGAAGAACAGCAUUAACGGAGCUAUCAGCACGGUGACUUAUAACACGCAGCCGCGGGUCGCCUUCUACGCCGGACUCAAGAACCCGCACGAGGGCUACGAGAUCCUCAAGUUCGACGACGUCGUCACCAACUUAGGCAACAAUUACGAUGGUGCAUCGGGAAAGUUCAUUUGCAGCGUGCCUGGCACCUACUUCUUUAUAUACCAUGUGCUGAUGCGGGGAGGAGAUGGAACCAGCAUGUGGGCCGACCUCUGCAAGAACGGACAGGUGAAAGCGAGCGCCAUAGCUCAGGAUGCGGAUCAAAACUACGACUACGCUUCCAACAGCGUGAUUCUUCACCUGGACGCCGGAGACGAGAUCUACAUCAAACUGGACGGAGGUAAAGCUCACGGUGGCAACAACAACAAAUACAGCACUUUCUCUGGGUUCAUUCUGUAUGCCGACUGA